AUGAAAUUCAUGCAGCGAUCUAAUCUUCACGUGGAUGUGCUGAAACAGAAGCUUGCACCGAAGCUGUAUGAAUACGUGGAAAAAGCUAAGGAGGAACUAGCCUACGGCUGGUAUAUUGACCUACCACACAAUCAGGAUUCGAUCGAUGUCAAUAUCGAGUAUCACUUGCGCAUGCUAGUUGCACGUAUGACCGCGAAGAUGUUCAUGGGAAAUCCUACAUGUCGCAACCUGGAGUGGCUGAAAGUCGCGGUCGACUUCUCUUUAAAUUUAGCGAGCUAUAACCUUACGCUAAAAAAUGUUUAA